AUGUCCUAAAACUAAAUCAAAUUAAAUCCGGGGGAAAAACGGUCAACCAAACGGGCAGGCUCGAACCCGCGCCGGUAAACGAAGACUAUGAGGCUGCUCUCUCAGACAUUUCGUAGCCAAAAACUCCCAAUUUCAAGCCCAGAAGUUUCGAAAUCUUCUUCUUCAUCAACUAAGGUUCCAACAUUGACCAUCAAAUCAGAGCCGGAGACGAAGAAAUGGUGCGUUUAUCUCAUCAUCUCCUCCAAUCCCCCCAUCAAAACCUAUGUAGGGGUCACCCUCGACUUUGAUCGACGUUUAAAACAACAUAAUGGUGAAAUAAAAGGUGGUGCAAAGGCAACUCGAGCGGGGCGACCCUGGAUUUGUGCGUGCAAAAUUCAUGGUUUUAAAAACCAAAGUCAAGGAAAGAAGGCGGGUCCUUAUGGCCAAUUAGGCAAACUAUGCCAAUGCACUCGUCAGCCGGUGUGGUGGCGAACACAAUGUGUAGGUGGCCUUCUCCUAGACUGAUCAAGAACAUAGAUUCACGGUAGCUCACUGGUUGAAGUAGUCUCAAUGACAGUUGGAGGUUGCUGGGUGAGACCAAGAGAAAGAAAGAACGGGAGGCAAGGGGCAUCAGUAAUGGCCCCACGCGUAGGCGUCUCGACUUGUUGCUAUGAAUAUUCUUCAAGUUCAUAUCUCAAGAGCCUGUUUUGAUCGACUUUUCAAGAGCUUAAAAAUAUGAUUGGUUUCUCUCAAAACACAUCAUUCUAAACAUGUUGUGAAGUUCUAUUUGGACCACCAACCCGAUAAUCAAAUUUGUCUAGAGCUUUUGAACCGAGAAAUGUUGGAUAAAAUCAUUCCCACACCUUUACUGAUGCUGUUU